AUGGCGCCCGGUUCCGCCGAGAAGAAGGCGGAAAAGUCGUACCUGGCCUCAGCCGUUGACUCGAUCAAUCCCUGGGCAGGAAGCCGCAGUGCAACCCCGACGCCGAAAGAUCCCCAGCCCGUCGUUGCUCCGUCCAACCCGGGGGAUCACACCACGAACCCUUUCUAUGGCCAGAGUAUUGGGCGCUAUCCCAAGGACUGCCCACCGCUGAGCGUGCAGUGGUUCCACGCCGUCGAUGUGCCGAAGCGCAAACCGCAGUUCAUGCAGUCCAAGGUUGCUGGCGACCCGAAACCCCCGCAGCCGAAGAAGUUCGUCGCUUUCUCAGUCGAAGACUCUCGCGCCAUUGAGGCCGCCUAUCAAGCCAGAUUGCAGGAACUUGAGGAAGAAAGGAUAGCGGGCAAGGUGAAUACCGUUGGGUCGAAGAGGGCACGCGCAACCUCCACUGGGACUGCGGAUAGUGCAGACCCCUCGGCUUUGCACACAAGAGUCGCCGUCAAUGAGGACUUUCUCUUCGACGUCGACAUUGAGGAACGCGAGCUUGCGCCCGUCUACUGGGAAGGACCCGUGUAUGAGGUUAGGCGCGGCAGUUGGUUCUACCAAGAGGGGUCGUCUCUGCGCCCCUGUGAAGAGAACUUGGCCGCGCAACUGGAGGAAGGCUACCUCAAGAUCAAGCCUUGGCAGUAUCCGUCGAGGGAGCGUAGCAAUUCGGCAUCCAAGACCGCCAUUACGUCAAAGACUUCGACAGACAGUUUGAAGGUUAGCGCUACAGCCCAGGACGACGGCUCUUCCAAGAAGGGCCCCUCUGCACCUCAGCAACAGCCACAGACAUACCGCCUGUUUGGAAGCUACAUGAAUAGCGUUGCGACGUACCAAGACGCAACCGUCGCAUGGUUAUCGUCAGAUAGCAUGUUGUCCUGGGUAACGUCGACCGUCUACGAGAGAUUUGCUGGUGGUGGAUAUCUAGGUGGUAUAAAGCUCGUCCGCGGUUACACCGAGCCAAAGAAAUCCAAGGAUGAGCCACGCCCGUCGACACCGCCCGGGACGAAGUCUGCAUCAAAGGAACGAAGUGACAGUCUAUCCAAAGCGCAAAAGAGACGGUCUGCACCCACGUCAGGCAUACGAUCUGCCGCCGAGGAUGUGAAGAAAGAAGUAUCAAACGACCUCGAGAGCACCAGGAACAGGCUGACGCGGCAGUUAUCAAACCUAGUAGAGGGAGUGGAGAACCCAGAGGCAGAGGAAGAGGCUCUUUGGCAGCGUGAAGAAAAGGAAAUGCUGGGAGACUACAACACGAGAGCUGAUGAAAACCAGGGCCGUAAGAUUGAGCAUCUUGUUCUUGUCACUCAUGGAAUAGGACAACUGCUCUCACGCAGGAUGGAAAGCAUCAACUUCAUCCACGACGUCAACACACUUCGUAAAACCAUGAAGUCUGUUUACUCGGCUUCCGAAGAUUUGCGAGCACUCAACUCAGAGAUCGGCGAGCCUGGACCCGGCAAUUGCCGUGUCCAGGUGCUGCCCGUAAUGUGGCGUCAUCUUUUGGAUUUCCCCAAGCGCAGACAGAAAAAGGGGGAACAUGAUCUUGGGGAGAUGUUCAACGAAGAGGAUGAUUACCCUUCCCUCGAGGACAUCACUGUUGAGGGCGUAGCAUUCGCACGGUCACUCAUAUCCGACUUGGCUCUCGAUGUUCUGCUUUACCAAAGCGCCUAUCGGGAGCAGAUCGCCGAAAUCGUGUUGAAAGAGUCAAAUCGGGUCUACAAGCUAUUCAAAGAACGUAACCCUGAGUUCCAUGGCAAAGUACACAUUUUUGGUCACUCACUAGGGUCUGCCAUCAUGUUCGAUAUUCUUUGCCGGCAGAAAGAGAAGUCCCAAAUGCUAGAGGCCCCGAGGAACCCGCUUCGGUUUUGGCCAUCUCAAGACCGUUACGAAGCAAAGGAUCCGAAGGAGCUUGCGUUCGACUUUGACGUCGAGGGCUUUUACUGCCUUGGCUCACCUGUAGGUCUCUUCCAGAUGCUCAAGGGCCGGACCAUCUCGGCUCGGAGCCUCCCGGAUGCUCUGCCGUCCGAGAGCCCGCUCAACCCGGAUUACAUGGAGGAUCCCUUCGCUUCGCAGGCUUAUGCCAAUCAGCGCGUCUCGCCCGUCACCGGCCUACCGUUCAGCGUCUCAUCUCCCAAGGUCGGCCAGCUCUUCAAUAUUUUUCACCCAUCCGACCCCAUCGCAUACCGUUUAGAGCCCCUUGUCUCGCGUGUCAUGACGACCCUGAAACCACAGGCGCUGCCGUACACAAAGAAGGGCAUCUUUGGCUCUGUCGCAAACCAAGGACUCACGGGCAUCGGCGCCAAAGUCGGGCAGAGCGUCAGCGGCUUCUGGAGCAGUCUCAGUGCAGGCAUUGCUAGCAACCUGCUCAACCGCAGCUUGGGUCUCACGCAGGAAGAUGUGGCCAAAAUCACCGCCUCCCAACAUCAACAGCAGCAACAACACCAACAGCACGUCCUGAGCCCUGGCGCGGGCACCAACAUAUCCGCGGGCGUGAUUCCAACCACGAAACAGCUCUCUGAUGCCGAACGCAGCGAGAAGACUGCGGAGCGCAUGCGGCAGCUUGCCAGCACCGGGAAUGGCAACGAUGCCACGCUGAUUGACGACGAGCUCGAGACGCUUUUCAGCAGAUUUCAGAAGAACCGCGUGGAUAUGGCCAAGGAGAAGGGCGGGACCGGAAAUGCGGGCAACAGUGACCUAAGUGCUGAGAAGUGGAUGGAGGAGGAGCGGAAAGCACAACGGUUGAGGAGAGAAGAAAUGAAAAUUCGGGCGCUCAACCGAAAUGGGAGGAUUGAUUACUGCAUCCAGGAGAGUGUGCUUGAUUUCAAUCCGAUCAAUACCAUUGCUUCACAUAUGAGUUACUGGGCCGACGAGGAUGUGAGCCAUUUCAUCUUGUCACAGAUGUUGGCAAGCAAGAUGAGGACACCGAAGGGUUGA